AUGAAGGAAGAAGUCAUCGACCAAUCACCACCACCCGACCCAGACCCGAUCAAAACUCCGAAUUCGAAUUCAAUCAUCCACCCGAGGCGGGUGCCAUUCGAGCACGGCCUUCUCCCGAUCCAAAAGCUCGUUUUCACCGACCCGAUCCAGACUCUAGCUCCGAUCAAGCAAAAGCUAGCGUCUUCCGCGACGAAUAACCGCGUCGGAUCCGCUGCCAUUUCCGAUGCACUCUCGAUCUCCGGUGACCACGCGCGCCUCGUUCUCGAGACUCUCGGCUCGGUGCUACAUUGCGAGAGUGAUCCUCUGGUUCUGGCCAACCCGGAUGAAGUUGAUUCGAUUGGAGCUGAUUUGAGGGAUCUGAUUUUGUUUCUCUACAUUCAAUCGUAUAAGAAGCUGCUGCCUAGGACGCACAAGGACUCUGCAGCUGUCGCCGAUGUCUGGCCGUCGACUUCCGCUUUCGAUGGAUACUUAUCCGCCUUAUCGCCAAUUCAGCUGGUUCGUAGCAACAGCCGUCGGUUUAUGCCAUCGCCGGCAGAUGAAGAAGCUCAUCAGUUAUCGUAUCUGCAAAAGCACAUGGCAAAUAUUGUUUCCCUCCUUGCAGAGCCUGUGGAGGGAGAAGGAGAUGAAUCUUCGGUCCUGUCUAUGGAGAGUUUUGAGCACAUUGGGUUUCUUCUUCAUUUUGGUGAUAAGGGAUCUGACGUACCAUCUUUGAGCCAGGCUACUCCUUUCUUUGCCAAUUCUGAUCCUGAUAUGCCUGCUGUUCCCGUUCCUGCUUCCCAAGUGCAUGACUGGCUUCUGAAAACCAUCGCUUCCGCCUUAGAAAACAUUUCUGACAGAAUAUCUGGGAAAGAAAAUGGGCCGUCUGAUGCCUCUGAUCAAGAUGCUGCAAUGACGGAUGCUUCCGCGGCUCUUAAGAAAGUUUCAUCUAACGAUAGAGGUCCGUGUAUUAUCGAGGGAGUCUCCAAGACUUCGCUUUUCAAGCAGGCUUCCGAUCUUAAGGGUAGAUCUGUGAAGGUUGCCAAUUGCCAUGAUUCAGUCAUUUAUCUGUUAGCGCCGUUGAGAUAUGCAACUGUGUACGGAUGUUCUGAUUCUACUAUCGUUCUGGGAGCUGCUGGCAAGGCAGUAAGAGUUGAGCAUUGUGAGAGAGUUCAUGUGAUUGCAGCUACCAAAAGAAUCUGCAUCGCCAACUGCCGUGAAUGUGUCUUCUUUUUGGGAGUCAAUCAGCGACCUCUUAUCGUUGGUGAUAACAACAAACUACAGGUUGCUCCAUACAAUACGUUUUACUCAAACUUGGAGGAGCACAUGACAGAGGUAGGGAUUGUGCCAACCAUAAACAAAUGGAAUGAGUCCUUAGCACUGGGAGCAGUUGAUCCGCAAGACUCACUGUCACAUCCUACUGGUGCCUCUGAUAAACAAUCUGAAUCAGCUUCUUGUGUGGACCCUGACCUCUUCACUAACUUCUUGAUCCCAAACUGGUUUGCGGGAGAGACGCUUGGUUCAACGAAAGACAAUCCAUUUCCAUUACCAGAUCCCUAUAUGGCAGUGCAGCAGACAAACCUUAAGAACUUGGAAGAAACAAGGAAGUCCUUAAGAGAAACACCUCUUGAAGAAAACCGAAAACGAGAGCUCACUACUGCGUUCCACAUUCAUUUCAAAGACUGGCUCUACGCAUCGGGAAAUAUCCGGCAACUAUACUGCCUUCAAGGAGACUAA